AUGCAGGAACUUGAAAAGUAUAAGAAAGGAGUUUAUCCUUACUGCCAAGUUUAUGGCUUAAUGAUCAUGUCUAAGUUUCAAGUUUGGGAUGUCUUGAGCAAUGAAGAAGUGGUUGAGAUAGUUUCAUCGGCUCCAACCCGGUCAUCAGCUGCGAGGAUCUUGGUUGACUGUGCUGCUCGAGAGUGGAAAGCCAAAUAUCCAACGUCAAAGAUGGAUGAUUGUGCGGUGGUUUGCUUGUUUUUGGACGGAAAAAUGGAUGCCGAAUCUGAUUAUGAUGAACAAGGUUUCUCUUCUGCUACCCUUCAAAGCAACCAUUCUGGUAAUGCAGUGGAAUCAGAUGAUGGCCAGAACUCUGAACCCUUUUUGCAGAGAAAUUUUACUGUCCGAUCAUCUGAAGAAAAUGAUCCCUACAAAAGAUUACCAGUUGAAAUAGAAGGAAAUGGGGAAACUGUAGUAGCCGAUGAUCAGGACUGGUCGGGUUUGGAAGGCGUCACACGAGUCAACUCGCUUGUUCAGCUUCCUAGGUUUUCAGAAGAAAGACCGAAACCUUAG